UGACUUUGUUGCUGCGAUAUAAAAAACUGGAAAUGGAGCCUUUUUUUCUACCGUUCGUUUGUUAACAGAUUUGCUCAUGUUUCCUAUUGGAAGGAUGGGCGAAAAGAGCAAUUACUCGCCUACAGUCGCCAUCAUCGGCUCAGGGUUCAGCGGGAUAUGUGCAGCUAUUCAGUUGAAGAAGAACUUUGGUAUCGAUGCUCAGUUAUAUGAAGCGAGCUCGGAUAUCGGCGGUACAUGGCACGCGAAUACGUAUCCUGGAUGUGCCUGUGAUGUACCCAGCCAUCUGUAUUCACUCAGUUUCGAACUAAAUCCAAAUUGGUCGCAGAAAUACAGCGGACAGGCCGAGAUCCACAGCUACUUGCAGGGGAUCGCAAAAAAGUAUGGACUUUAUGACCAUACCUUGCUACAGACAAAAGUGGUACAAAUCACAUGGUUGUCCGAUAUCAAUCAAUGGCGGCUAGAAUACCGCCAUCUGAUGGAUGAUGAAAAAGAGAACCAUGUUGCAUACUAUGACAUUGUAUUUGCUGGAUUAGGUCCGCUCCGCGUGCCGCAUAUUCCAGAGGAAUACAAGGGAUUUCAAGGCACGAUAGUGCAUACGACGCAAUGGGACUCGAAUGUUGAUUUCAACAAUAAGCGAGUCGCCAUCAUUGGUAAUGGAGCCAGUGCUAUCCAGGUCAUUCCGGAGAUUGCCAAAGUGGCUUCUACUCUCUACAGCUAUCAGCGAACGCCGACUUGGCUGGUACCAAAAGGGCAAUACCGAUACUGGGGCUGGGUCAAAAAGCUAUUCUCUAUGGUGCCUUUGCUCAUGAAAUUUCAUCGUUUAACCUUAUUCCUCGUGCAAGAAUGCAUGUUUCCUUCCUUCAAAAAAGAAAAUUCAUGGAUAGCCAGGUUGACACGACGGAUAUUGGCGUGGGAUAUGCGUCGUCGUUUGGUGAAGCAAGGUCGUGCGGAUUUGGUUCCGUUGUUGAUUCCUUCGUAUCCGGUGGGAUGCAAGCGUAUUGUAAGAACCGACGAUUAUCUCGAAACUUUAUCACGCAAAAAUGUGGUUGUGAAAAUGGGGCAUAUUACUGAUGUCCAUGGAAGAACCAUUGCUCAUGAGGAUGGAUCGGAGCAGGAAGUGGAUAUUUUGAUUUUGGCUACUGGUUUUGAUGUGGCUGGUUCGCUCGCCAGUGUCAAAGUUUAUGGACGCAACAAUGUACAGUUGAACAAACUGUGGAGCAUGUCUAUUCCAAAAACGUUUGCUACCACCAGUAUUCACAACUUUCCAAAUUUCUUUAUGAUGCUGGGUCCUAAUUCUGGUCUUGGGCAUAAUUCAGUGGUGUUGAUGAUUGAAGGUCAAGUGAAUCAUGCCAUGAAAUGCAUACGCUACAUGAAGGAUCAUAACUUGCAGGCACUCGAGGCAAAGCAGGAUUCGCAAGAAGCUUUUGCCAAGAAAAUGGCCAAGGAACUGAAAGGAACGGUAUGGGCGGGCAACUGUACUUCCUUUUACAAGACCAAGUCUGGUAUAAUUACUGGUUUAUGGCCUCGCAAUGUCAUGUCCUUUUGGUCGUAUCUGAGCGCCAUUGACAUUGCAAAGAAUUAUAUUCAUUACCAAAAAACCAACUAGUAGUUAUUGUAAGAUCAGGGUUUUCGACUCUUUGGUUGUUUGCUCCUCUGAAACGUAUUACAAUUGAAUCGACAAUGAUAAUAAACGCAGUAUUAUUUAAAGGGGGUU